AUGUAUAGAGGAAAUAAAAUCAGAGUUGGAACGCUAAAUAUUUUCAAUAAAUUUUACUAUAAUACUACUAAAAGGGUUUUAAGCAGUUCAUUUGAAUAUGUGAAUAAUACCGAUCGUAGAAAUUUACUUUAUAAUUAUUUACUUAACAAUUCACUUGAUAUAAUAUGUUUACAAGAAGUGGACUCAUUUAUGAUAAAUAAUAUUAAUGUAAAAUUUCGGGAUUUUGGUUUUGCCUUUGAUUUUCCAUCAAAUUAUAUUACACCGUCAGCUAAUAGUAACAACUGCUGUAUUAUUUAUAAAAAAAAUUUCAAAUUGUUAAGCAAAAAAAAUUUCGAUCUUAAUGAAUCAGUACAAAAAUAUUUCGCAAAAUAUUCCUCAGAAAGCCAGUGUGAGAUACAAGAUGCAUUUUUAAUAGAGUUGAAAAAGAGACAAAGUCUUGCCACUAUGAUUAUACUCGAAUUGGCUAGCAACACAUUUAUAGGAAUAUGCAAUUGUCAUAUACAUUGGAAUCCUUCGUAUCCUGAUAUCAAAUUAUUUCAUACCUAUUUAAUUAUAAAAGAAUUUUAUGAAUUUAUUGAAAAUAAUUUUCCUGAUUUUCCACUUAUUCCGUUAUUAUUAGUUGGUGAUUUUAAUUCUACACCAUUUUUGAAAUCAGACAAAAAUUUGAAAGGACCUUCUAUAUUCAGUGGUGUAUACGAGUUGGUAACCACAGGGAGAUUGUCGAAAAGUCAUGAACAUCAUCCAGCUGUGCUACGAAAAAAUACAAAAUUGGAAAUAUAUCCCGAUUUAGUUGUAGACCCGUUUAAAAGCAUUUUCAAUGAUUUAAAUGGAAAGGAACCUCUUUUUACAAACAAAACUAAAUCGUUUAGCGGAUGCAUUGACUAUAUUUUCUAUAAAGGCCUCGUUCCUUUAUCUGCUCAAAUUGUUCCAAACGACAUAGAGCAUAUCGAAAGUUUGCCAACACCAAAAUACCCGUCAGAUCAUGCUCUACUAAUAUCAGAUAUAUUUAUUGUUUAA